CACGUCUUUAACGAAGUCUUUAUUGUAUGCGCAUACGAGAACCGAGAAGUCGGUUUUGCCAGUGGAUGUAUGUCAAUAGACCUCAUGCUCCCUGAAGGCAGCCAAUCAUGAUUUUCUAAUCCGAAGGUCUUUUCGGAUCGUUCCGCUCCCGUUUCUUUCCUUUCGCAAAACACUGUCCCGUGUCCCUGAUUCAAGCGCGCCCCCAUGCUCUUGACGCGACUCCGCGUGGAUCCGUCUGUGGGUGAAUGACUGCCAGACCAGCAGAAGAAUGGCUCUACCUCAAAGGAAUAUAUCGGGCAAUAAGACAAGUUAAUUUUGAUCUACAACUACCACGUUUGGAUAUCUUAACUGAGGCAGCCACCGCUUCUUCUCCUACCUUCAUCUUGUAGCAAUUAAGUCGUAUCGCUUGGAUUUUUUUCAAUGCAAUUCUUUUGUUUGAGAAGAGGGAAAGAACCAUCAGGUUAAGCGGACUCUGGUUGUCCGCUCUCUACAAGGGAAGUGAAUCUUUUUCAGUCUCACUUGCAACAAUUUUAUCGGGGCAGGGAUGUCAUCGGCACGGGUAGAUUACAUUGCACCAUGGUGGACGUAUUGGCUCCAUAAUUUCCCCCAUAUCAACUUGAGGUUUCAGCCAGUCGAUCACACGUUCUUGCCGGAGGACGCGAAUUACCAGCAGACACUGAUCUUCCUGGCGUGCGUGGCGGCGGCCGGCCUGGGGAUCAACCUGCUGGGCCUGGCCAUCUACCUCAGCUGCCUGUGCUGCUGCCGCAAGGACGAGGAGGAGGACGAGAGCAAGAAGCCCAACUCCUGCUGCGUCACCUGGUCCGCCGUGGCCGCCGGACUCAUAUGCUGUGCCGCCGUGGGAGUGGGUUUCUAUGGCAACAGCGAGACCAACGAUGGAGUGUACCAGCUGACCUACUCGCUGUACAACGCCAACCACACGCUGGGUGGAGUGGACAACCUGGUGACCGGCACCAUGGGCAGCAUGGAGAGCGGCCUGACGCAGCACCUGUCGCGUCUCGACGAGAUCUUCGCGGCGCGCGGCGACUUUGUGCAGACGCUGCAGUUCAUGCAGCAGAUGGCCGACAGCAUCAUCAAGCAGCUGCUGGGCCUGCCCGACUGGGAGCAGCUCAACGUGGACCUGGCCGCGCUCGCCAACCAGACCGCCCGUGUGGAGUACUACAGGUGGUUGACGUACCUGCUGAUCCUGAUCCUGGACCUCGUCAUCUGCCUGGUCGCCUGCCUUGGCCUGGCCAAACAAUCCCGCUGGCUCCUCACCACGAUGAUGGUGUUCGGAGUGCUGACGCUAAUCCUGAGCUGGGCCUCACUGGGAGCCGACAUCGCUGCUGCUGUGGGCACGAGUGACUUCUGUGUAUCGCCGGAUAAGUUCAUAAUGAACCAGACGAAGGAUCUGAUCAGCUCCGAUAUUGUACAUUACUACCUGUACUGCAGCCAGACCCUCCCCAACCCUUUUCAACAGUCCCUGACGGUCUUCCAGAGGUCUCUGACCACAAUGCAGAUUCAGAUCCAGGGUCUGCUGCAGUUUGCUGUGCCUCUCUUCCCCACUGCUGAGAGGGACCUGAUGAGCAUCCAGCAUUUGUUGAAUGCCUCCGAGGCCAGUCUACAUCAGCUCACAGCACUGCUAGACUGCCGGGGACUGAACAAGGACUACCUGGAUGCCCUGAUGGGUGUGUGCUAUGACGGUGUGGAGGGGCUGCUGUACCUGUGCCUCUUCUCCCUGCUGGCCUCCUGUGCCUUCACUGUCAUGCUGUGUGCCAUACCACGAGCCUGGAGACAAAUCGCCAACAGGGAGCGUGAUUACGACGACAUCGACGAGGAGGACCCGUUCAACCCGUCAGCACGACGCAUGACGGGCCAUACCCCCGGUGCCCAUGGCAACAUGCACAGCUUCUGCAGCUACAGCAGCAGCAUGGGCAGCCAGACGAGCCUGCACCCGCCCCCCACCCAGACUGUCAGCAACGCGCCCGUCUCCGAGUACAUGAACCAGACGGCGCUGUUUGGUGGGAACCCUCGUUAUGAGAACGUCCCUCUGAUUGGUCGAGGCUCUCCUCCCCCUUCGAUAAACUCACAGCAAUUUAGAAACCGAUACUCACCAACCAUGAGGGCCACCUACCUGUCCAUGACGGAGGACCAGAUACGACACUUUGGGAACGACUUCCAAGCGUAGGCCUGCGGAGUCUCACCACGUCACUCUGUGUCUUCUCCACGUUUUUGAAAGUGAAAUUCAUAUGGUCAACACCAAUACGGACACACACACACACACAGGAAAUAAUAUCUUUCCAAAGAAAUUAAAAUAUGAAAGAGAGAGAGACAUAGACAGUGUGUGUGUGUGUGUAAUAGUGGUCUCAGUACUAGCCUGCUGCUUUUGGACAAUUACUUUUGGAGGACAAGAAGCUGGAGGAGGAGGAGGAGGAAAAGGAGGAGGAGGAAGAGUGCUUGAGAGUCCACACAGACAUCGCCACAAUUUCUGUCUCAUGAAAUACAGUUCAGCAUCUCAGGACUUUUCAACAAUGCAACCGGUCAUCCUCUGUCCUUUCUCUGCUGUCCUCUGCCUCUGGUCUUCCCUCAGUAUCCACCUACUCCCCCAGCCUAACUGCUAACCCUGUCAUAUCAAAGUCUGUAUCUGUCAUAUCACUUAAAUGUUAAAUGUUUUCGUGCAUUGGAACAUACAGUACAACAGCUCUUCUGUCUGUCUUCCUGAAAUGCUGGUAGAUUGUGAGCAAGGAUGGAAGAUGAUCUUGAAUGGUAACAAAAGCACAUCUUUUGAACAGAAUGGAUCUCAACAGACUUGACAGUUUUAAGUCUGGAAGCUGUUUUUACCUCGUAUGAGGGACAUGAAAGAGAGUCUGAAUUCAUUUCAGAUUUUGGCAACACAUUUCAGUGAAAUCUCAUUGUAUAUCUAUGGAGGCAACUCCAGUCUUACCAUGCAGUCUUCUCUGUGUAUAUUGAUAAGAAAAGAUGUAGUGCGGAAUUGAUUAAAUUGAUUAAUAGUGAUAGAUUCAUGGUAUUACAAAACUGGCAUUACUAUCAUUAUUUACUUUGCCCAAUGUGGUGAACAAAAAAAAAUUGAUUAACAAGAUGUUCUGUUUAAAGUGAAAUAACAUUCUGGAUGAUAAUCCGUUUGUCUGUUCGGGAGUGAAAACAAUUAUGUUGUUUAACAGAAAAAUUCUUAGCAUGUCCUCUGUGCCUCUUUUCGACAUGUUUUCGACCUCCUGUCCCCACCCUCAGCACACUGUACAGCCAUCGACGGUUACAAUCUGUAGCCUAUCGUCUACAUGAGCACAGUUUGCUGGCCUCAGAGGAAGCCAACUCUUAUGUAUGUGGUGUGUGUGUGUGUGUGUGUGUGUGUUACAGAGACUGCUCUGUAUAUGAGCACAUGUGUACUCACCAGUGUUUAUUGAGGUGUGUGUAUGUGGCUAAAUCUGUGAUACACAUGUCUGAUGGUGGAGCCAGUGAUAUUUUGGAACUGUUGAUAUUUGAUAUGUUCAACAUUUAAACCACACUGUCCAUAUUCCCUACUAGUGAAACUAGCAAAACAUUUUUUUAACGACAGUCAUAUAUUUCUCUCUGGGUCCUGUGAAGCACAAAAUCAUUCAAAUGAAGUGCUUGUGAAACUGAAGUAAGGAGUGAUUGAGUGAGUACAGUAGCCUACUGUGCACACAUGGUGGCCUAACCAAGGCUACCUCAUUCCUUGCACUCUGAGCCAUUAAAAUGCCCCUUUCUGUUUGCAUAUCCUCCAUUGAGACCCUUUUCCAUUUCCCAUAGCCAUGGUAAAACUGUUGAAGUAGGCUAACCAACUUAUGUACAUAGCAUGUAUAAUAACAAAUUAUUUGUGUGUGGAUUUUUUUAAUUGUUUUAUUUUCUGUCUAGUCUAUAGCACAUGCAAGGCUCUUAGGCCACUAAAGUUUGACUAACAGAGCAAUUUGAACUUACUUCUGAACUUACAGAGCAAUUGGAGUUGCUCCAAGACCACGAGCAAGGGGAAUAUUGUGGUAAAGGCAUUUCAUGUGUAGCCUUAUUGGUGAGUUUUUCUUAAUUGUCCAUAAUGGAACACUGUUGCAAUGAUGUUUUUAACAAAGUGUCUUCUCAGUUGUGGGAGUAGGUCACUCUUUCCCUUUUAGCAAAGACAAAAAAAAAAAAUUCUACCACUGUCUGAAUUGUCAUUGCGCCGAAUUUUUCAUGUUUUACUUUGUGUUUUCUUUUCUUUUUCUUUUGAUGUUGGGUGCAUGUGAGUCGACACUGCCCUCCACAGUGAGUGGUGCGUGGUUUCUAUGUGGCGUUAUUUCUCAGAAGAAUAACGGUGUUGACAAUAAAAGUACUUUUAAACAUGA